UAAAGCAGUGCAAAAGUGACGAUUGUCCAGGAAAAUAGAUCGAUUGAACCACUGUAAUCCGCAGCGCGAAUCGUCAAUUAAUUCAUGUACCCACAGAGUUAUUUUAAUACCAGCAGUUGUUUCUCGUGUCAGGUGAAUUGUUUAAAUAAAUAGUCCCAAAGCGAUAAAAAUGGCACCUGUUCCAGAAAUCAAUGUUCCCAUUAUCUGGAUUUUGGGCGGUCCGGGGUCGGGCAAAGGCACCCAAUGCGACAAAAUCGUGGAAAAGUAUGGAUUCACCCACCUUUCCUCUGGAGAUCUACUUAGGAAUGAAGUGAGUAGUGGUUCUCCAAGAGGUAAAGAACUGUCUGCAAUAAUGGAAAGAGGCGAGCUGGUGCCAUUGGAAGUGGUUCUGGACCUACUGAGGGAAGCCAUGCUCAACGCUUUAUCCACAUCCAAAGGGUAUUUGAUCGAUGGCUAUCCACGUGAGAAAGAGCAGGGAGUGCUUUUUGAAAAGAACAUCAGUCCGGUGAAUUUGGUUAUUUUUUAUGACGCGUCCGAGGAAACCUUGGUCAAGAGGUUACUUGGGAGAGCUCUUACUUCAGGACGCGUAGAUGACAACGAAGAAACCAUCAAGAAAAGGUUGAAAACUUUUAAUACUCACAACGACCAAGUCGUUCAGCAGUACACUGAUAAGUUAAAAAAGAUUAACGCAGAAAAGUCUGCUGAAGAAAUCUUCGCGGAAACCACGCAGCACAUCGACGAACUGCUGAAAUCCUUCAACAAAUAGGCCUUAAAUACUUCAAAAUCUAGCAAUAAACCAAAGAAUUCUUGUUAAUAAAACGUAAUUUAUUUAAACAAUAUAUUUUUUUGUUAGCAACAUAAA